AUGCCCGAGUACAGAAAAGGAGAAAGCGUCCGCUACAAGCCUGUCGGAGGCCCCGAGUCCAAAACCUCCGAGUCCGUCGGCGUCAUCCGCGAGGUCACCACCGAGCCCACUCAAUUGACGGGUCGCAAUGUAGCGGCUUCGGAGGAGGAGCCACGGUACGAGAUUGAGAAUUCUCAUACGCAUCGGAGGUCGGCUAUCAAGGAGUCGAAUAUCUUGGGGCCCGCCGAGUAA